AUGUGACAGAGGUAGGUCAUGCUAAGCGGAGAGUCAGAGGGUUUAUUUAACUCGUCGCUCUGUCCUCCCCCAUUUUCCCAUCGCGCCACCAAAGAGGGCUUGCCUUCCUCCUGCGGACUGAUCACGGGUGGAGAUCGCCGGGACCAACUUCACCAAAACGACUUGACUAGAUUAGUAAUGAAUCAGGAGAAAAUUAACUGAAAAUUUCACCUGUUUUUUUUUUUUUUAAAAAAGCAUUUUGGUGCAUUUUUCUACCUCUUGAUCUACAAGGGUAAAUAAAUGCGAAUUUAGGCUAUUUGUGACUGUAUUGGAAAAGUACGCCGACUUUAAUUGCGUGACUGGAGUAAAAGAAUGGAGCGAAUUCCAAGCGCACAACCUCCUCCCCUGUCCAAACACCAGGCUGAUCUGUCAGACGUGCACGGGAUGGAUUACCCGAUGUAUGUAUAUAAACCCAGGCGGGGAAUGAAGAGAGGAGAUGAGAGCAAGGAAACCUACAAGCUGCCUCAUCGACUUAUUGAGAAGAAAAGGCGUGACAGGAUAAACGAGUGCAUCGCUCAGUUGAAAGAUUUAUUACCAGAGCACCUGAAACUUACGACUCUGGGACACCUGGAGAAGGCCGUGGUUUUAGAGCUAACGCUCAAGCAUGUGAAAGCGCUCAACUCUCUUCUGGAGCAGCAGCAGCAGAAGAUCCUCGCCCUGCAGAACGGCAUGCAAAUUGAGCAGCCUGCUGUCAGCCAAGAGAAGUCUGAAGAGAUGUUCCGCUCUGGCUUCCAUAUGUGUGCCAAGGAAAUUCUUCAGUAUCUUGCCAAUCAUGAGACUGACGAAGACUUCUCGCCAUCCCAUGUCAUCAGUCACCUCCACAAGGUGGCUGCAGAGGUGCUGCAAGGCCCAGUCCGACCGCGCACUCCUGCAAGCCCUCGCCCGGAGGAGAUGCCCACCUACCACCAGCACCAACCCAACAAGGAGAUGGCCACAAGCCUCCCACCCAAACCCAGUGAGGGCUACAGGAGGAACUGCGUGCCCGUCAUUCAGCGGGCCUACGCUCCAACCAGCAGUGAGCAGAGUGGCAGUGAUACAGACACAGACAGCGGCUAUGGAGGGGAGCUGGAGAAGAACGACUCGGGGGCUCAGCAGGCUCGUCCAGAUUACUACGGGCAUGAGAGCCAGCUGAAGCGAGCACUGAAGCGAGAGGAUGAUGAGCUCCGCCACAAACGAGCCCGGGUGGAGUCGUCUGAGGAUGAGCAGCUCUCAGGUGGGGAAUCUUCAUCGUCCUCAAGUGGCUUCGGUAGCUACAUGAGUGUAUCUCCCAAUCAUCCACCCCCUCCUCCACAUCCCCUCUGUAUGCCUUUCUACCUCAUUCCUCCCUCGGCUGCAGCCUACCUGCCCAUGCUGGAAAAGUGCUGGUACCCUGGAGCAGUGCCCAUGCUCUACUCUGGGAUGGGAGGCUCUGCAUCUGCCAUAUCCAGCGAAAGGCCACCUCCACCUCAGCUUGUGUUGUCUCCAAGAGGAGGCUCUCCAGCACCAUCCAUAUCUCAGACCCCCAUGGACUCCCCUGCCCUCCUUCAGGCACUAAAGCAGGUACCACCCCUCAACCUGGAAACCAAAGACUGAGUGAUAAGAUAAAGGGUGAAGAGACUAUCCUGUUCUAGUACCCAGGAUCAAAGACGAUAGUAGGAAAGAGAACAUGACUGAGCCUUUCCAUAAUCCCUCCUUUUUCCUGACCUCUGUUCCUCACAAAACAAGAAGACUUGUAGAAAUGAUCAAGAGGAGGUGGAAAGGAGAGGAUACAAAGCUCUGGUUGAAUGUUUAAAGCUCAGUUGUUUUAUUCAAUGCAAAUGUAUCAUAUAGACUGGACCUGCCCUGCGCAAACACACACACACACACACACACACACACACACACACACACACACACACACACUCGGUUGAAUGUAAAGAAAGAUUUUAGAUGCUGCUGUUAAAAGUAUAAAUGCAGAUGACACUGAUGCACUCACUUGUAGCUGCAAGACACAGCAUCUUUGUACUUAAGAAAAGUGUUGCACCAAAUGUUAGACUUAAUAAUUCACCCAGAGUUUGUCGCCUAUGUCCUUUAGGUCACUAUUGUCAUUACUGAAAACGCCAUUUAAACCGGAAACCAUAAAGUUCAAGGGUUUCCUCAAGUGUGUACAGACAAUAGUAAAGGGUACACCUGAUGCACGAAUGAAGGAAUGGGCCAGCACAUGACCACACUGAAUGAGAAGUCUUGUUUUUCAUUGACAAAAACAGACAGUUAAGAUGGAUUUUUCUGUAAUUAUUGUUCAUAGACUUCUUGUACAUUUCUAUUUUUGAUACCUGUUCUUGCAGUCUGUCCGUCCGGAGAGAUACAAAGUGGACAUUUGUACGUUGUGUACUCAGAAACUGUGUACAUACUGUAGCACUGUGCUGGACCUGGUCUGCAUACUCAUCAUGCAUCUGUUUCUGCUCAAGUCAAACCUGGUGUUUGUUCUUGCCGUUGCCUUUUACGUGUGAAAAGCUGAUAAAUCUCAGAUGUUUAUUCUCUGUACUGCUUAUGAAUACUGGAUUCAAAGGAGCGAGGUGAAGAGAAGUGAAUGUAAAACGUUUUACCAGAAGACUAGUUUUCUAUAGAAAGAGGUACUUAAGAUUUUAUAUUUUGGGACCUACAUGAAAGAUGUUUGAUGUACAUAUUUUGUCUAUAAAUGUUGAUAUACAUUAUAUAAGUGUAAAAAUAAAGUAUUUUUUUUCCUGUGGAAAA